AUGCAGAGAGGGAAGCCCUACAGAGCACUGCCUACCGUAGUACAGACCUUCUGCCAGAAGCACGGCCUGAUGUCCGAGGUGGUUGAUCUGAGGUGGGGUAUACGGAACAACGAGGCCACCAACCACAUGACCACGGAACUCUGCUUGGAGGAGCUUGGCUGGUGUCAGAAAACAUCCAUAGGGCCAGCUUUUGUUGCCCUCGUAGGUGACCAGUACGGCCCCCGUCCCGUCCCCUCGCUGAUCGAGGAAAAGGAGUGGGAGGCGCUGAAAGCUCAGCUGAGCGCCAGGCCACGUGACCUGGAGCUGGUGGCACGCCGCUUCCGGACAGACGAGAACGCAGUUCCCCGCACCUACCUGCUGCAGACCCUGAGCAGCGGGGAGGCCCCUGGGCCCGAGGAGGCCACCCUGAUCUCUGCAUUGCGCUCUGGCCAGGAGGCCGCCAGGCUGGGCCUCAUCACCCAGGAGAAGUGGCACCGCUACCACCGGUCAGUGAACUCAACAGACUGGGACCAGGGGGCGACCGUCUUUCUGAGAGAUAUCCAAGACCUCAACAAACACAUCCUGGAGGUCUGCGCCCUCAAGAUAGUGGACCAGCUUGCAGCCGGUUGCCUGGACACAGACGCCCAGAACCUUCUCAGCAGCCUCAAGGAGCGUAUCGCUGACAUGCAGCCUGGAGUCCUCAAGGCCCACCACCUGGCAUGGAGCCGAGACCUGGUGGACCCCCCAAACAAGGCUCAUGGACGGUACCCAAAGGAGCUGGGGGAGUAGUUUGUGGCCAGGGUUAACCAUCAGGACCUCGAGUGCCUCCAGAACAAGGCAGGCAGGCAGGAGUUGGCUUGGCUCUAUCAGGAGAUCUGCCACCACCUGGGGCUCAGUGCCGAGGCCCCCCAGACCUGUGGGCACCAGGAGCUCCUAACCCAGCUGGGGCAGCGGCUCCAGUAGAGCGACAGCCACCCCCACCCACCCCUGGUGCUUUUUGGACCCCCGGGCAUCAGAAAGACUGCUCUGAUGUGCAAGCUGGCUGAGCAAAUGCCAGGGCUGCUUGGCCACAAGACAGUGACCGUUCUACGGUUUCUGGGGAUGUCACAGAUGAGCUCCGAUGCCCGAGGCCUGCUCCAGAGCAUCUACUUCCAGGUGUGCCUGGCCUACGGGCUACCCCUGCCCCCUGCCCAGAUCUUGGAGGCCCAUACCAGGGUGGUACAGUUUUUCCACACCCUCCUCCACACCGUCUCCUGCCGAAACUUUGAGUCCCUUGUGAUCCUGCUGGAUUCGGUGGAUGAGGUAGCCUCUGUCCACCAUGCUCGGAGGGUCCCCUGGCUGCCUCCCAAGUGCCCCCCAAGGGUCCACCUCAUCCUCUCGGUCUGCUCAGGAAGUGGGGGGGGUUUAGACACUAUGCGGCAGGUGCUCACGGACCCAGGUGCUUCCUGGGAGGUGAAACUCCUCUCUGGAAACCAAGGGCAAAAGACGGUUCAGCUCCUGCUGGCCACCUCGAGGAGGGUGCUGAGCCUGAUUCAGAGGGACCUGCUCUGGGCCAGCCUCCCGGAGUGUGGGCACCCGGGGUGGCUGAGGCUGGCCUACGAGGAGGCCCGGAAAUGGGCCUCCUUCACUGUGCCGGCCCCUCUGGCCUCCACUGCUAAAGAAGAGAUGCACCAGCUGUGUGCCCGCCUGGAGCAGACACAUGGGCAGCUGCUGGUGGCCUGAGUGCUAGGCUAUACAUUGUUGAGCAGGCAUGGGCUCUCAGAGGCAGAGAUGAAGGAUGUCCUGUCCUUGGAUGACGAGGUCCUGCAGGCCGUGUACCAAGACUGGACCCCGCCCAGCAAAGAGCUGCUGCGUUUCCCAACCCUGCUGUGGGUGAAGCUUCGUCGAGAUCUGGGUAACUGCUUGGCCAGGCAGCCCGUGGAUGGCUUCAUACUCCUGGCCAUCGCCCACAGACAGCUGGCCGAGGUGGUCCGAGAGCGCUACCUGUCCUGGCCCGAGAAAGCCAAGGGUCACGGAGUCUUGGCUGACUUAUUCUCAGGGACCUGGAGCCAGGGAACCAAGAAACUCAUCACCCUGCCACUUGUGGGGAAACCCCUGAACCUGGACCGCAAGCCCCCUCCUCCUCUGCUGGUGGUCCCUCAGCCCCUGUGGUUCUCAGACACGGUUGCAAACAUGCGGAAGCUGAAGGAGUUACCCAACCACCUGAUCCACUCAGUCCGCAUCGAGGAGCUGAAGCAGGAGGUGCUGGAUAAGGACUAGACCCAUCUCGGACGGGACAGCAUGAACUGGAUUUCCUGCCGGGGCAUCUCGGGGGGCAUUGAGGGUCUGUUGGAUGACUUUGACCUGUGUGCCCCUCACAUGGACUGUCCUGAGGUCAGCCUGGUCCGGGAAGCCCUCCAGCUGUGCCGCCUGGCAGUGGAGCUCCGAGGCAUGGAGAGAAGCAUCCUGUAUACAGAACUCCAGGCCAGCCUCCAUUUCUUCGCCACCUCACAUCCGGUGCUGGCGGGACAGCUGUGCCAACAGGCACAGAGCUGGUUCCGGAUGUGCCCACACCCUGUGCUGGUGCCCCUUGGAGGAUUCCUCCAGCCCCCAGGAGGACCCCUCCAGGCAACCCUCACUGGCUGUCACAAAGGUGCAUCUCCCAACAUCACUGCCAUGGCAUGGAGCCUGGAAGAGAAGCUGCUGGUGGUUGGCACCCAGGAGAGCAUGGUAGCUGUGUGGGAUAUGGAAGAACAGCAGGUGAUCCACAUCCUACCUGGACACACAGGAGAGGUGAGGUGUGUGAAAGUGUUUGUCAAAGGAUCGCUUGCCAUCUCUACCUCGAAGGAUCACACCUGCUUGUGAAACUUACUCUCUGACCAAGAGAAAUUCACCAUUUGGGAUGGAGGCUCAGAAGGUCCCACUGAACCUCAGAUCUCGAGCCUUCAUGUGGGCGAAGCAAAGAAGGUUGUGUAUUCAGCAUCUAGCUCAAAGAUCAAUGCUUGGAAUCUGGAAACUGAAGAGCUGAUUUUCCAUAUCCUGGGGGAUGCCUCUGACCCCUGGGUGUGCACGGCAGUGCUGGCUUCCAGGGCCACGCUGCUGACGGUGUCGCAGUGUGACGUGGUCAGUCUGUGGAGUUCAGCCACAGGAACACUGCAAAGGAAGCAACAUUUGUCCAACAUCAAAGAAGAAACAAUUACCUGUGGGGUCUCAGUCCAGAAACAAAGAAAGAUGGUGACCGGGUCCAGCAAGGGCUCCAUCUCUUUGGUUUCCCCCGAAGGAGACAGCCUGCUGGAGAAGCUUCCAGAAGCCGUGGAGUUCCUGGUGGUCUCUGAAGAUGAGUCCCUUCUCGCUGCACGUUUUGGAAGAUCCAUGCGGAUAUUCUCGGCAGACUCACAGGGGUUUCAUCGAUUCACGGGCACCGACCUUGAACAUGAAGACAUGGUGGAGAUGGCCAUUUCUGGUCCUGAAAACAAUCUGAUUGUCACUGGGUCCCAGGGUGCACUCAUUAAGGUGUGGAGUCUAUCAGAGCAGGGGAGUCUGCUAGACAUCUUGGAAGGCGUCGGGGCCCCCGUGAGCCUGCUGACUCGGGGUGCCUUGGUGGCAUCUGCUUCCCAUCAGUCCUCAUCUUUUAAAGUCUGGGAUCUCACCCAUGCUCAGAAGCCAAGGGCCUCUACCCCGUUUCUAGACCACACUGGCCUCACUACAGUGUCACACAUUGGAAGCUAUGUUUACUUCCCUAAAAUUGGGGACAAAACCAAAGUCACCAUUUGGGACUUGGCAGAAGGCGGGAAGCAAGAUGCCCUGGACACCUCUAAUGAGGUCAGGUGUCUGGAGGUCGCUGAGCAGGCCAAUCUCCUUUUCACCGGCCUCGUUUUGGGGAUCGUCCUGGUGUUCCCACUGAAUUCCAGACAGGAUGUGAUGUGCAUCCCUCCUCCAGAAGCCCAGAAAGCCAUCAACUGCAUGGCCAUUAGUAAGGACGAGGGGCACCUGGCCAUCGCCUAUGACAACAUCGUCCUGGUGCUGGACAUCAGCCCCGGGGACCCCUGUCCAGUCAUCGACAGGCCAACCUACACCUUCUAUACCCAGCUGCCUGACACCAUAGCAAGCGUGGCUGUUCUAGCUGACUACCGUGUGAUCUAUGGCAUGACCAACAGACACCUCUUCCUUUAUGAAUGUGCGAAUUCCAAGGUGUUCCUUCUGGAGGCCCACGGGAGCCGAGUCACCUGUGUGAAGGUCAGCCACAAAGAGCAGCUGGCAGUCAGUGGGUCCGAGGAAGCCCUGCUGUGUCUCUGGGACCUUCAGGCAUGCAAGUGAAAAUUUGAGAUGAGCUACACGAAUUCUUACUGUAGAGGAGUCCAAUGUGCUUGCUUCUCCAAGGAUGACAAGUACAUCUACGCAGGCUUGAAAGAUCACUCCAUAAUUGUCUGGAGUGUGCUGGAUGGCACACUGCUGGCCAUCCAGUUUGUCCAUGCCGUGGUGAACAGAAUCAUCCCAACCUGCAACGGCUUCAUUGCCCUGAGAAGUGCCUAUCUCAUCCGUGAACGUUUCCAGUGCCCUUCAUCAAGAAUCUCACAACAGGACUCUCUCAAGAACUUCAAAAGAGCAGUGUAGAUGGUCAAACCCAGGCAGAGAGAAGAGCUGGCUGCUGCUGCAGGAGCACUCCAGGACUCAAGAUCAGGUAGUGCCCAGGGAAAUGAAUCUAAAUCAAACAAAUGCUCACAAGUCUGCCUGCUAGUGUAA